CGGUCCAGUACGACCUACCACAUUUUUACAGCCGUUUUGGACGGAAAGUGAGGGGAGAGAACACCACUUGCUUUACCGCAUCAUCGUGAUCAUCAAGUGUUGUCCGUACGCGCAUCAUUUCGACGAGUGACGCAAGAGGAGACGGUCUGACGAUACCUACAUUAUUCCAACCGCUCAAGCUGCUCUUUCCGUUCAAGACAAUAAUAUUAUUAUUGAAAGUCCGCGGCGGCGACUACAUCGAAAAAGAAAGAACUUGCAUAGCAAUCAACUGAAAAUGACAGACAACGUGAAUGAUGUAUCUUCGACCGAACAGGAUCAGUUGAACAAUGGCGAGGAAGAUCAAAAACCUGGCUUGCUGCAACAGAUCUCAGUCUACAAAUUGCCGAUAAUAUCUAGGGUGUGGAGUAUUGCAGUUCCGGAUACGAACAACCUUGAAGACGAUAAUGAAAGUGAAGAUAAUAAUGAGCUCGAGGAAACAGACUUCAAGAAAAAUAAAACCGUGAAUCUCGAAGAAGCAAACACGAAGGAAGAUCAAAUCAUAGAUCUUGAAGAAGCAGACACGAAGGAAGAUCAAAUCAUAGAUCUCGAUGAAGAAGCAGACACGAAGGAAGAUCAAAUCAUAGAUCUCGAAGAAACAGACACGGAGGAAGAUCAAAUCAUAGAUCUCGACGAAUCAGACACGAAGGAAGAUCAAAUCAUAGAUCUCGAUGAAUCAGACACGAAGGAAGAUCAAAUCAUAGAUCUCGACGAAUCAGACACAAAGGAAGAUCAAAUCAUAGAUCUCGACGAAUCAGACACGAAGGAAGAUCAAAUCAUAGAUUUAGACGAAGCAGACACGAAGGAAGAUCAAAUCAUAGAUCUUGAAGAAGCAGACACGAAGGAAGAUCAAAUCGUGGAUCUCGAAGAAGCAGACAUGAAGGAUGAUCAAAUGGUUGAGCCACAACCCGUGGCUGUCGAAGAAGCAGACAUGAAGGAAGAUCAAAUCGUGGAUCUCGAAGAAGCAGACAUGAAGGAUGAUCAAAUGGUUGAGCCACAACCCGUGGCUGUCGAAGAAGCAGACAUGAAGGAAGAUAAAAUCGUGGAUCUCGAAGAAGCAAACAUGAAGGAUGAUCAAAUGGUUGAGCCACAACCCGUGGCUGUCGAAGAAGCAGACAUGAAGGAAGAUCAAAUCGUGGAUCUCGAAGAAGCAGACAUGAAGGAUGAUCAAAUGGUUGAGCCACAACCCGUGGCUAUCGAAGAAGCAGACAUGAAGGAUGAUCAAAUGGUUGAGCCACAACCCGUGGCUGUCGAAGAAGCAGACAUGAAGGAUGAUCAAAUGGUUGAGCCACAACCCGUGGCUGUCGAAGAAGCAGACAUGAAGGAUGAUCAAAUGGUUGAGCCACAACCCGUGGCUGUCGAGGAAGCAGACAUGAAGGAAGAUCAAAUCGUUGAGCCACAACCCAUGGCUGUCGAAGAAACUGACUUCAAGGAAAAUCAAAUUGUUGAGCAACAACUUUUUCUCGAAGAAAAAAAAGAGAGCACUAAAACUGAUUAGAAUUAAGAAUAUUAUCUAAAAUUACAAUACAAUAUAAGCAAUAUUUCUAUAAUUCAUUUCAUUAUCAUUGUUAGUAGAAUAAUAUUAUAGUACAUUUUUUUGUUUGUUUAAGUAUACCUAUACCUAUUGGUCAUACCUAAAUAAAAUAAUAUAACUAU